AAGUACAACGGUUGAAGAACUCACGCUUGUGAAACCUUUAACGUUAUGACUUAUUUUAUUUUAUUUCAAAAACAUGGAGGCGGUCGGUCGUCGAUAGGGUUUUUAUCUUUUUAAAAAAAUAAUACAGCUUUUAAUUGUAUUUUUUUUAAAUCAUGAUGAUCAGUAGUUAGGUAUACGGGAGGCGGAAAUGAUGGCAAGCUAAGCUGGUUGACGGGCAGGUGCGGCGCAGGGCCUGUCCCAUGAAGUUUGCCGUCAGCUGGAACGAUGCAGCAGAAACGGAACAUCCGGAUCAUAGAAUGGGAAGACCUGGACAAGAGGAAGUUCUAUUCCCUCGGCGUGUUCAUGACUUUAACCACACGCAUCACCGUCUACCCCUUCACCCUGAUCCGAACCCGGCUGCAGGUCCAGAAGGGGAAGUCGCUUUACAGCGGCACAUUUGACGCCUUCUGUAAGAUCCUUAAAGCUGAAGGCGUGCGGGGAUUGUACCGGGGCUUCAUGGUUAACUCCUUCACGCUGAUCUCAGGUCAAGCCUACAUUACCACCUAUGAGCUGGUUAGGAAGUAUGUCUCUCAGUAUUCCUCCAGUAACACCGUCAAGUCUCUGGUGGCCGGUGGCUGUGCCUCGCUGGUGGCCCAGAGCAUCACCGUGCCCAUCGACAUGGUCUCCCAGCAGCUCAUGAUGCAAGGCCAGGGGGAACAUCUCACACGCUUUAAGCUCAAAAAUAAGAUGGACGUCGCCACAUCUAAGCACAGAGUGACUUUUGGGCAGACCCGAGACAUUACCGUGCAGAUUUUUGCUGCAGACGGUUUUCGGGGUUUUUACCGUGGCUAUGUGGCAUCUCUUCUCACCUACAUCCCUAACAGUGCAGUGUGGUGGCCUUUUUAUCACUUUUAUGCAGAGCAGCUGUCGCGACUGGCCCCGUCCAACUGCCCUCACCUCCUCCUGCAGGCCGUGGCCGGGCCUAUGGCUGCUGCCACCGCCUCCACCCUCACCAACCCCAUGGACGUAGUGAGAGCCAGAGUGCAGGUGGAAGGCCGUUCGUCAGUGAUUGAAACAUUUAACCAGCUCAUGGCUGAGGAGGGCAUGUGGGGCCUGACCAAGGGCCUCUCCGCUCGCAUCAUCUCCUCCUUGCCUACCUCCAUCCUCAUCGUCAUCGGUUAUGAGACGCUGAAGAGACUCAGCCUGCGGCCUGAGCUCGUCCACACCAGGCACUGGUGAAAAGCAGGGUGCGGUCCAGGACACACACACAAGGCCAACCCAAGCUGUGUGGGCUUUCCUGCCUUUUAACGUUGCCUUUUUAAUAUUUUAGCAGUUGAUCGAUAUUAUAUUAGUUAUAGUAUAUUUAGUGUAUAGUAGUAUAUAGUAUAUUUUGUAAAAUGUCACACACAGCUUCAGUAAAGUGUUAUGAGCUAUCCUGAAUGUUAAUAUUUGAUGUUUGGUGCCAAAAUGUGAAGAAACGAAUGCAAAUCGAAUCACAGCACACACACACCGAAGCAGAGUUGUGUAAUCGGACAGGCUGAAUUAAGCCUAAUCUUUGUGUAAAGCGUACACAUCGAACAGGCCUUGAUUAAAAAAAAUUAAUUCCAACUUCUGCUAAACACGUUUGUAGAACGAAAUGUAAAGUUGGGACAAGUGCAACCGAUGGCUGUUCAUCAGCUCUGGCCCGGAUUUCAAAAUGCUAAUACUGACCAGGAACCAUCCCUCGGGUGCUGCUCAGCGAUACAAGCACUAACGAUGUUACUUGAUAAACACACCAAGCCUGGACAGAUUAAAUCUACACGCUUGAGUGAACUGAUUUCCUUUUUUUUUUAAACCCCUCAGAGAGACACUGAUAUUUUCUACAGCAUUUACGCUGCAUGCGUGUUGUUUAUCUUUUAUCAUUAUCUUUGUGUGUGUACGGUUUCAUAGUGAAUUGUGGAGGUGUUCUUUUGGAAAGUAUGAUUCCUGGUGAAGUUUUAAUCCCUGAGAAAUAUUUCUUAAAAAUCACUUGAGCCUGUCAUCUGAAUCAGAUGGGAAUCAUAAACAGAUAUGAUGAUCACGGUGAAUGUAUGUUGAGUCAUGAAUAUGUGGUGAAACUGUUGACAUGGUCUCCUUCAGUCCUUUUUGUGUUGUCUGCUCACAAUUACCUUUUUUUUUUCCUGCACACAAACACACCUUGUAUUGUAGGUAAAAAAGAUGUGGGUGUGGCCAAAGUUUUAGACCUAUCCUUAUGUAGGAUAAAUUGAUUCCUUCUAUAAUGCUUAAGUGUAUAAACUUGUGUGUGUGAUUAAACAAACAAUGGCUAAUUCCUACAAACAUCUUGUGAUGAGGAUUUAUAUUUACAGAUAGAUAGACAGACAUAUACAUAGAGAGAGGUCACGGUGUCUGUAGUGUGAUUUGAUGUCACUAAUUUAAGAUUUGUGAAGAUAAGAUCUGUUUACACUGCAGUUCUCCUUGCAUAGGAGGACGAGCGGAGCAGACCUGCACGUGGCAGACGUAUAAAAUGUAACGCUAAAGAGGUUACAUGGCUGUGACAUGGGACAUUUAAAAACGUGUACAAGCCCUCAUAUGCUUCAGUUCUGCUCUGGAUGGCAUGUGUGGUAAAGUGCAGCACGGAGUCUGAUACCUGUAGA